UUUUCCAAUUUAUUUACUUGUUUUAUUAUUUUUGCUUUAAAAGCUGAUUACCAACACAGAUAUUAUCUAUGUUAUGCCGUUGUUUUAGAAGAAAACUAACCAAGUUCUUUUUCUUUCCCAGAUAUAUGUACAUCCUAAUGGACUGUUACUUGCUGCGCGGCGUCACUUCCGGGUGGAGAUUACGAACUACCGCGGGAAAAUCUUCAGCGAUGCAGUUGAAUCGAAAAUAUGCUUUGGAAUUCGGACAAAUGUUUCCGCCGGCAGCAGAGCAGGCGGUCGGUGCCGGUUAUGUAGCAGCACGUGAACAUCCGCGUCUGCUCCAGCUCAUCCGGCUGCGGCACUCCUCCGUCACACACUCCGGCCAACGGCCCACGAUGCAACCGCGCGCGGUGGUAAUCUUCGGCGGUGCGCGCCUCCGGAAGAGCCAGAUUACCGCAUUUCCGGCGGAAACCCAGUUUGCACCUGCGCCGGCCGUGAUGCCGGCAGCAUGCAUGAUCCGCCCGGCCCCCCGCUUCGUUUGUCGCGGGCUGCCAUUGGCCCUCUUAACGGAGGAGGAUUCCAGAGCACACUGA